AUGUCCAAGUUACCCCAGGAUCUCAUCACAGAAAUACUCUCAAGGGUGCCAGUCAAGCCUCUCAUCCGAUUUAAAUGCGUAUGCAAAACAUGGAUUUCUUUAAUCUCAAAUCCUGAGUUUGCCAAGCUUCAACUGAAAAGAGCAAAGGAAAAUAACAAUGUUAGUAACCACUACAGACUCCUCCUCGCUACUUGGCCACCACAAUCUUUAGACUAUGAAGCGUACUGUAAUGAUGAUAUCAGUAAUGCUCUCCGAAAGCUGAGUUAUCAUGCAAUAGCGAAAGAUCCAAACGACAACUACGAUGUCCGAAUCCUAGGUUCUUGUGAUGGCCUGGUUUAUUUAUGCAAUGAAUAUCACGAUAGCAUGUUCUUGUGGAAUCCGACCAUCGGAGACUAUAAAGAAUUGCCAAAACCUAAUGGUGCUUUUCAUGGUAUGUAUCUUUAUGGAAUUGGUUAUAAUGUCAAUAAUGAUGAUUACGAAGUAUUAUUUGCAAGCAGGUAUAAUUCUAACAAUUCUGAAGAAACUAUAGUUGAACUCUAUACAUUAAAAACCAGAACCUGGCGACAGAUUGAAGACAUUGAUUUAGCUCCCAAGUCACAUGUAGCAUCAAUUUCUUGGAAUGGGGCUAUAUAUUGGUUGGUAACUAAAGAAAGUGGUCUCAACAAAGCUUAUGUGCUCGUUUCUUUUGAUAUGACAGAGGAGAAAUUCAAAGAAAUCCUGACGUUACCGGACAGUUUUUAUUCUGAUGAUAUCUCUGCAGUAAGUUUGGGUACGUCAGGAAACUCCUUGUGUGUUUUUUUUGAAAAAAGUGGAAGCUUUUUUGAGGCUUUGAUAUUGGAUGUUAAUAACGUUGAAGCACCUUGGAGCAGAUUAUUCUGUUUCCCACAUGACACAUUUGGUGGAUAUGGCAACAGUGCUUUAUGUAUAACAAAUAAUGGUGAAAUUCUUAUGGAUUCUGAUGGAUAUCAAAUAUUCCUUUACAAUCCCAAAGAAAGAGUAUUUAAGUAUUUUAGAUUAGGGAAGGAUACGGAUUCAGAAUCAGGAUUAUAUGCUGAAAGUUUAAUUUCACCAAAUAUUUAAAAGACCCUGUAUCUCUCUCUCUUUUUCUUUUCCUAUGCAUGAUUUGGGAUUUUGUAAUCCAUUAGCAAUAAAGUCUUUGUCAUUAGAUAUUAGAUAUUUAGCUUGCUUUCUACACUUUUUUUUUUUUUUAAUUUGAGGAUCAUUAAUCUGUAUGUGUUUAAAGAAAAAUGUAGCAGGAAAAAAAUUUGCAUACUUUUCUAUGUAGCAGGAAAACCAAACAACAAAAUUUGACACUAAAAGUACUAUAUUAUAGCACAAUCACUGCCUUGUAGCAUUUCCAUUGAUUAACAAAACUGCAACUCAGCUUUCUUCACUUUCCCUUCCGAUUCCUCAAAAUCUUCUCCAAUCUUCACUUCACUAAUGGUUUCCACAACCAAAGAACUAUCAAGAGAGCUUCCCGAGAUUGUUCAUCUCCACAAAGACGGCUCAGUAGAAUGUCUAAUGGGCUCACCGAAUGUGCCACUAUCACUUGACCAAUACCAAGAAGCAGGAGUUGCAUCAGAAAUAUAUAACGGUCUCUGAAAGUGAAAACCCAAAAUCUCUACUCGCCUCCAUAAGCCAAAACUAACACAACAAUCAAAAAAACGCCAAUCUCGGUUUAUUUCCCUGCUGGUUCUUUUUGCGUCGAUCAGCUUUCUCUUUCGUUGGCCACUGUUAUAUCCAUUCUUAUUAUCUGAAUCUCACGUUCUUUAUCUAUACAGUACAGGUUAGCACCAGAGCAUUCUCUUCCUGCUGCUACAUAUAAAGAUUGCCAGCAAGCUCUUCCAUGGGUAGCUUCUCAUUCAGUGGGAAAUGGUACAAAGAUAGAGCCAUGGCUUCUUGAUCAUGGAGAUUUUGGCAAUAUCUUUAUUGGAGGUGCUAAUAUAGUGUAUAAGAUGGCUGUCAGAGCUGGUUUUGAGAGCCUGAAUGGUAAACUUAGAAUUUUUGGUGCUUUUCAAGCACAUCGACACUUUUGGGGUUCAAAGUCAAUUGGAAAUCAUUACAAGACAUUUCCUAAUUUAGUUUGGGAUUUUGUUUACCCUUCUGCAGCUGAUGGUAUUCAUAACGCAAUGAUCAAUCCAGGGAAUGAAAUGCUUUGGAAGUGUUCAGUUGUUCUCAAUCUGUUUUGGAAAUGCUUUGGAAGUGUUCAAUCCUUUUCUAAUGCGAACCACCUUAGUUCAAGUUGAAAGCCAAUUCCUUCUUCAAUUUCUCAAGAAAAAUGUUAUUUUAUUUGGCCUUCUC